AUGAAGGGAGAUACCGCCGAGGAGCUGAGCCGCAUCCACAACGCUGUCACCGCCGCAGUCAACGCACAGGAGAGCAUCGGACGUCCUAUCAACUCGCAUGGGAUGGACCUGUUCAACCACCUGGUCGUCGAACUGUUCGACGCACGCACUCGUCUCGAAUGGGAGUCAACCACUUCAGACUCCACCGAACCACCACAGAACGAGGCACUUCUCGACUUUAUUAGUCGACGAGUAUUGACGCUCAACGCCGCACGACCGAGGAGUGUCACAAAGGGACCUGGAGAAACAUCACGAUUCGCCAAAGCGCACGUCACGAAGCACCAAGGCGCGGAUUCACCUCACUGUGCACUGUGCCGUGAAAACCAUACCUUGAUGACGUGCAAAAGCUUCAAGGCCAAGACUGCGGUUGAGCGGAAAACGUUCGUGGAGACCAACCGACUGUGCUUCAACUGCCUAGGCAAUCAUUUCUUAGCACGGUGUCAGUCAAAAAAGAAUUGCCUCACCUGCAACGCACGACACCACACCAUGCUGCACGGGGCAUCCACAUCAACACCAUCCGCUGAGGCCACUUCACUUGCCACCACACUGGUCACUGCACGGCAAGCUAAGACGCACAAGGCCGUCCUUCUCGCAACCGCUCGCGUCAAGGUCGCUGAUCGAUACGGAUCACCACACGAGGUUAGAGUCUUGAUAGAUCAGUGCUCCGAGGUGUCCAUCAUCUCUGAGGCUCUGGCUCAGCGUCUUCGGCUGCCUCGAGCUUCAACGGAUCUGUCCAUCUUCGGCAUCGGAGGGACUCGCUCUGGAUCAGCGCGUGGCAAGGUCACGAUAGACAUCACAUCUGACGUGACCAAUGCCGAGCUUCGCGUGGUGGCCUUUGUGCUGCCGCGCAUCUCAUUGCAACAAGGCACCGCUCAACGUGAAGAUCGUAGCUGGCCUCACAUCCACGGACUUCGAUUGGCCGACCCGCGCUUCCUGGAUGACGAUCCUGCGGAGUUACUUCUGGGAGCAGAAGAACGCGAGCCAGUAGCUGGGACACCGCUCACCGCCGACGAAGCCAGGUGCGAAGACUUCUACGUGCGCACGGUCACUCGCACGUCCAGUGGCAGGUACAUGGUGAGGCUGCCAUGUACUUCACCGCCGCCGACAUCGCUCAGCGAGACUCGUCGACCCGCAGAGCGCCUCCUGGAAGCCAUGGAGCGGAAGGGAGCACGAGAUCCUCGCUUCGGUGACCUCUAUCGAGAUUUCAUGGAGGAAUACGAGAACCUGCAACAUAUGGAGCGCACACGGUCCGGAGAGUCGCUGAACGCACACCUCCUCACUGGAGCCAAUCUCUUGCCAACACUCGCUGAUGUCCUACUUCGUUGGCGUUGGCAUCGGUACGUUCUCGUCACGGAUAUCGAGAAGAUGUACCGACAAAUUCUUGUACAUCCGGAGGAUCGUCGCCUGCAAACCAUCUUGUGGCGCCACACCAGCUCUGAUGACGUCCACGAGUACGAGCUGAGGACCGUGACCUACGGGCUAGCGUGUGCACCCUUUCUCGCCAUCAGGACUCUUCAUCAACUCGCAGCAGACGAAGAGGCACGAUAUCCACGCGGAGUCAAGGCACUGCGACACGACUGCUACGUCGACGACGUGGUCACCGGCGCUGAUAGCUUGGAGGACGCUAUCGACCUUCAGCAGGAACUACGGAGUCUUUGCAUGGUGCUCACCGGAGUUCCACCGGAACAUCGGCAUCAACGCAAACCGCACUCAUGGGAGGGAGAGAGUCACGCUACCUUGGGCCUCCGAUGGCAUCCGCAAGGUGACUGGUUCUCCUUCACCAUACGUCCGCGUGCAAUCACCGACUUCACGAAGCGACGAGUUUUGGCCGAGACGGCUCGACUCUUUGACCCGAUGGGGUGGCUCGCACCUGUCGUCAUCAGAGCCAAAAUUCUGAUUCAGACGACGUGGCUUCAACGGCUGGACUGGGACUCCCCGCUGCCUGAUCAGGACGCACACCGCUGGAGGCAGUUGUUGAAUCAGCUUCCUCUUCUAGAUGACAUCCGCAUAACUCGCUGGCUCAACACUGGGACCGACCAUUCACAACUGCAGCUCCAUGGGUUUGCCGACGCAUCAGAGCGAGGGUACGCCGCCGUGGUGUACAUCCGCAACGCUGCAACAGAGAAAACAUCAAUCAACCUGUUGAUGGCAAAAUCCAAGGUCGCACCUGUCAAGCAGGUGUCGUUACCUCGCUUGGAACUCUGUGCAGCAGCUCUACUUACCACGCUCAUGCUCCACGUGCGCUCUACUCUCGGUUUGACAACGACGCCAGUGCAUCUGUGGUCAGAUUCAAAGGUCACGCUCCACUGGAUUCAAGGACACAGCACCCGCUGGAAAACCUUUGUCGCCAAUCGAGUGUCUCAGAUCCAGACCCUGCUGCCAGACGCUCAAUGGAGACACAUCGCUGGACGAGAGAAUCCUGCAGAUUGUGCAUCACGCGGUGUUACUCCUGACGAACUCAUUAAGCAUAAACUGUGGUGGACAGGACCUACCUGGCUGUCAGGAGACGAGACUGCAUGGCCUUGUUCCGUCAUCGAAGCCGCAGAGGAUGACCUCCCGGAGCAGCGAGCCACCAGUUUGGUGGUCAAGGCACCGAUCACGGCCGAACCUGACCUCCUCCUCCGGUUCCCGACGCUACAAAGGCUGCUGCGAGUUACUGCAUGGUGUCGGCGAUGGCUCAAUCCGGCGAGACGCGACGUCAUACUUGGCCGCACUUUGCAUCCGGACGAGCUGGACGUCGCCUUAUUUCGAUGGCUGCGAGUGGUGCAGGCGCUCCACUUUCCUACGGACGUAGCUGCGGCCUCUGCUGGACGCACUAGUCCACCGCGAAGCCACCUAGCGAGGUUGAGUCCGGUCCUCGAUGAUCAAGGCGUGCUGCGCGUCGGAGGACGUCUCAAGCAUGCUCAGCUACCACUCGACGAAAGACAUCCAAUGAUCAUCCCGGCGGCAUCAUGGUUGACUCGGCUGGUGAUUGAUUCCUGCCACCGACGGACACUGCACGGAGGUGUGCAACUGACUCUCGGCUUGCUCCGCCUGCGUUUCUGGGUGCCCCGAGGAAGGACCACCGUCAAACAGCAGCUACACCGAUGCGUGACCUGCACUCGAUGGCGCGCCGCAACACCACAGCCUCCGAUGGGUAACCUUCCUCGGGACCGAGUAACGCCAACUCGACCGUUCCUCAGCACCGGUUUGGACUACGCGGGACCAAUCCUCCUCCGGACCAGCAAGGGGCGUGGACACCGUGCGCACAAGGGAUACAUCGCCGUCUUCGUCUGCUUCUGGUCGAAGGCCAUUCACUUAGAAGUUGUCUCGGACUACACCUCGGAGGCCUUCAUCGCCGCGCUGCGCCGCUUCAUCUCCCGCCGGGCGGCCCCGCACUUUGGUGGUUUGUGGGAGGCCGCCGUAAAGUCGACCAAGUUUCACCUCCGUCGGGUGAUCGGCGAGACCACCCUCACGUUCGAGGAGUUGAGCACACUCCUCGCCCAGAUCGAAGCUUGUCUGAAUUCACGUCCGUUACAGGCACUCUCAGAUGAUCCAGAGGACGUCUCGGCGCUGACCCCCGGUCACUUCCUCGUUGGGGCACCGCUCCUCGCCUUGCCGGAACCGUCAUUGACAGAGCAGACGGUGUCCACCUUGUCACGUUGGCGUCAUCUGCAGCGGAUGAGGGAUCACUUCUGGCAGCGAUGGUCAUCCGAAUACGUGCACGGACUCGCCCCACGCACCAAGUGGCUCAAGGAUGCACCUGCACCCCACGUCGGCGAUCUCUGUCUCGUGCGCUCCGAGAUCACCCCUCCGAGCCGAUGGCCUCUCGCUCGCAUAUUGCGUUUGCACCCCGGAGACGACGGAAUUACACGCGUCGUGACCAUCCGAACGGCCACGUCCGAGCUCGUGCGCCCACUCGUCAAGCUCGUGUUUCUUCCGGGCGUGAACGACGCGCCUACACCGCACAUUGACACAUAG